AUGUACUUAUCAUUGGGAUUUACGUGUAAGAUCAUUAAUGGUCAAGAACGACCAAUGUGUUUGCUGUGUAUGAAUACUUUGGCCUCAGAUAGCAUGAAACCAAGAGAAACUUUAGUACUACCAGCAGCUAUUGACAUAAUAGCUACGAUGUUUGGUGAAUCAUAUGCUGAUCAAAUUAAAAGCAUUCCGCUGGCAGAUAAUACGGUGGGAAGACGAAUAUCAGAUAUAUCUGAUGAUCUUUGCGAUCAGUUGAUAGAAAAAAUUAAAUUAUCUUCUUUCGCGUUGCAAGUAGAUGAGGCUACCGAUGUUGCUAAGGAUGCACACUUAAUAACAUAUAUAAGAUAUGUUAUGGAAAAUGAUAUUAGAGAAGAGUUGUUAUUCUGUAAGGCAAUUGAAGGCAAAGCUACGAACUGUGUUGGACUGUGCACUGAUGGAGCUCCAUCUAUGGCAGGAAAAAAUGCUGGUCUGCAGGCCCUAGUUCGAAAAGUGGCUCCUCGUGCAGUUUGGACGCAUUGUAUGAUUCAUAGGCAAUCUCUUGUUGCAAGAAAUAUGGGUGAAGAAUUACUUGAAUCCAUUAAGAGAAAGGCUUUUGGAAAAUUGUGUGAUGACAUGGGCUCAGAAUACAAAGCACUACUUUUAUAUUGUGAAGCACGUUGGCUUUCUCGUGCUAAAGUACUUCAAAGGGUGUUUGAGCUCAAAAAAGAAAUUGCCAUUUUUCUUGCUGAUAACUAA